AUGUCGAAGAACGGAUCCGCGUACGGCACGGCGGCGGGCGACACGGAGUUCCGCAAGACGCGCAACCUGGACGAAUAUGCGGCCAAGGCGAAGGAGCGAGAGGCGAAGGAGCGGGAAGAGGCCAAGGCGCGAUACGAGGCGAAGAUGGCGGGCAAGCGGUACUACAAGCCGCUGGACGGCACGGAGACGCUGACGACGGCGCGGGCGGCGACGCUGGACCUGAGCGCGCAGGUGGGCAAGGUGCAGAUCGUGGCGAUGGGCACGGCGGGCGCGGUAGGCCGUCGAGGCCGCGGUGCCGGUUUCUACUGCGAGACGUGCGACUGGACGGUCAAGGACAACCUGCAGUGGGUCGAGCACAUUAACUCGAUGACGCACCUGCGAAAUCUGGGCCAGACGGGCGAGGUGGCGCGCAGCACGGCCGACGAGGUGCGGGCGCGCAUCGAUGCCGCCUGGGCGCGCGUGGAAGCCCAGCGACAGCAGGCCACGGUGAAUCUGUCGGAGCGGCUGGCGCUGCGGCAGCAGGAGGACGAGCGUGAGCGCGAGCAGCGGCGCGUAAAGCGACGCGACCUGGCCGACCGGAAGCGCGCCGUGCGCGAGGCCGAGGCUGCGGCGGCCGCGAAGCCCGACUACGGUGAGGACGUCCGGGUCGAGGGCGAGCACGACGAGGACGACAUGAUGGCCCUGAUGGGUAUCACUGGCUUCGGCUCGACCAAGAAGCGGUAG